UGAGCGUGUACAUCAUCAUGCAUGGACCAUUUCGUCGACAAACAUCUACCUUCUUGUCUCAACUCGACGACCCCAGCGCACCUUACACCAGACACCCAUCACUUUAUUGAAGCAACGCAAACAUGCCACGAGUCCCUUACCGCUACCCAGCCCCUUCCACCGACGCCGUGGCCGACAGGAUCCGCGCAAGACGAGGCGCACGCGGGCUCACCCCGCUCGAUGGGAUGUUGCUCAACGCUCCGAACGUGGCCGAUGGGUGGAACACGUUUGUAGGAGGUCUGAGGACGAGGACGAGUUUGAGGGAUGAUUUGAGAGAGUUGAUGAUCCUCCGAGUAGCAGCGUGUAACAACGCAGCGUUCGAAUGGAUCCACCACGAACACGUCGCACGUAAAGCUGGCUUGUCUUACGAACAACUGGCUGUCAUCGGACAUGUCGCGGCUCCAUCUUCUUCCAACGACACAGACGCUUCUCAACCCGACCAAGCACGCGGGGAGAAGCUUUCGACGCUCCAAACUGCAGCCCUGGAUUUCGCAGACGCUUCCACCCGACACGUCCACAUACCCACCUCCAUCUUCGAGACGUUCAAGGAACACCUUUCUUCCGAGCUCCAGAGGAGCGAGGAACGCACCAAGGAUAUCAAUGGCGGAGAGGUUACGGCGGAACAACAGAUCGUGGAAGCAGCGGCGGUCGUAGGGGGGUAUAAUCUUGUCAGCAGGUUCUUGGUCGCGCUGGAUGUGGAUGAUAAGGCCGAGCUCUUUGUGCCUAUUCCUAGGGUGGAGAGGAUCUCCAUCCCUGUUGGCGGCUCUUCGAAAUCGGACUCCUUGCAUACGGUCGGAUCGGAACCCGGCUCGCAGGCUUCGCUGCACGCCGUCUACCUCCCACGUCAGGGGGAUCAGACGGACAAGACGUUGGUCUUUGUGAAUUCGCUCUUGACGAAUUAUAGGAUGUGGAGGUAUACCUGGGAGAGGUUGAAUAGGGAUUAUAAUCUGGUCUUUUAUGAUCAGAGGGGACAUGGGGGGUCGUACGCGCCCACCACCAAGGGCGAGUUCAACGAGGAAGGGGAUGGGAAGGAGGGAGGAAAGGAAAAGUGUACCAUGGACAUGCUCGCAGACGAUCUCCUCGCCGUGCUCGAACAUUUCAAGAUCGAAAAAGCCCACGCGGUGAUCGGGAUCUCGCAAGGAGGAGCUACCACCCUGAAUUUCGCCCUCCGGUACCCGUCCCGUGCGGGCAAGGUUGUCGCUGGCGCCACUCAAGCUAAAUCACCCGAAGCGAACAUCAAGGCGUGGGACGAACGUAUUCAAUUAGCCAGGGAGGAAGGGAUGGGCAGGUUGGCGGAUGUGACCAUCCCAAGGUGGUUUGCUGAGGGAUCGUCGUUUGACAAGGAUAGGGAUUAUGGCUGGUUGAAGCAAGGGGUCGAGGGGACGACGGUGGAAGGGUUCGCUUACAGCGCAGCGGCGUUGCAGGGGUACGACCUCCUCGCUGCGGGGCUCGUCGAUGCGUUGUCUAAACGUCCUGAGGGUACGACCAUGCUCCUGGCAGGGGAGAUGGAUGGGAAGCUUCCUGAUGGGUUGAAAGCUCUGGGAAGGGAGGUAGAAGAGGCAGGUGGGAGCGUCAGGGUCGAGGUCGUCCCGAGGGGAGGACAUUUGCCUUGCGUGAACGAGCCCGAGGCGUUCUUGGAUGUCUUGUGCGAGUUCUUGAAGGAGUGAAUGAACGUCUGCGAUCGGUGUGGAGUGAGGAGGUCUGGUUUUGUAGGUGGGAGAAAAAGGGCAGCGUGUAUAGAAGCUGUCAUCGUGAUCUUGUAUGAAUGGCGAAAAUGAUUCUGGAAUUU